AUUUCUGAACAGGCAUGUUCCAGGCAGCUCAACUCCUUAGAUUGCUAUGGGAUUGGUAGGGUCCUGAGCGUCGGAGAAGCAGGAAGGCAUAUCCCAAGAAUUGAGCCCUACUGGGAUUUUUUUAUUUUCGUCUUGCUUUUGCGGAGGGAAGGCGAGGAGGCUGUGCGGCCCGGUCGAACUUGAGGCAGUGUGAAAGCCCCCUCAGGCGGCGCCGAGGGCAGCCCCUAAGCCGGGGCCUGGCUCAGCCGCCGGGGCCUGGCUCAGCCGCCGCGGCCGCUGUCAGGGAAGCGCAGGCGGCCAAUGGAACCCGGCAGCGGCCGCUGCUGCUGAGGCGGCGGUGUCGGCAGCCCGACCCCGACCGCCCCCACCCCCUCCGCGGGGGUCCCCAGGAGAGCUGGGUCCACGCUGCAUGAGAACGUGUUUGCUGAACGCCAUCCAAAACAGCAAAUUGAGAUUCUUUGAUUUGGGGAAGAAGUUUGGGAGGAACCUUUCAGUAAUUGGCAUGAGACAAGAGAGGGCCUAGUCCAAGCGCAUUUGGGGCUUGCAGCAGGGAGGAACAGUUCAGAGAGAGCUUGGAAGCUCGAAGUCUGGCUGUGGCCAUGGGAGACAUGGUGGUGGAACCUGCCCCCCUGAAGCCAACUUCUGAGCCCACUCCUGGCCCGCCAGGGAAUAAUGGGGGUUCCUUGCUAGACGUCAUCACAGAGGGGGUCGGGGAACUAUCAGUGAUUGACCGUGAGGUGGCCCAAAAGGCCUGCCAGGAGGUGCUGGAGCAAGUCAAGCUUUUGCAUGGAGGUGUGGCUGUAUCUAACACAGACACCCCUCUGGAGCUGGUCAAUGGGGAUGUUUUGGACAGUGCGAUCCGUUGCCUGGACGAUCCACCUGCCCAGAUAAGGGAGGAGGAAGAUGAAAUGGGGGCCACUGUGGCCUCGGGCACGGCCAAGGGAGCAAGGAGACGGCGGCAGAACAACUCGGCCAAACAGUCCUGGCUGCUGAGGCUUUUUGAGUCAAAACUAUUUGACAUCUCCAUGGCCAUUUCAUACCUGUACAACUCCAAGGAGCCUGGAGUACAAGCCUACAUCGGCAACCGGCUCUUCUGCUUUCGCAACGAGGAUGUGGAUUUCUAUCUGCCCCAGUUGCUUAACAUGUACAUCCACAUGGAUGAGGACGUGGGUGAUGCCAUCAAGCCCUACAUAGUCCAUCGCUGCCGCCAGAGCAUUAACUUUUCCCUCCAGUGCGCCCUGUUGCUUGGGGCCUACUCUUCAGACAUGCACAUUUCCACUCAGCGACACUCCCGUGGGACCAAGCUCCGGAAGCUGAUCCUCUCAGAUGAGCUAAAGCCAGCUCACCGGAAGAGGGAGCUGCCUUCCUUGAGCCCAGCUCCUGACAUGGGGCUGUCUCCCUCUAAGAGGACUCACCAGCGCUCUAAGUCCGAUGCCACCGCCAGCAUAAGUCUCAGCAGCAACCUGAAACGAACGGCCAGCAACCCUAAAGUGGAAAAUGAGGAUGAGGAGCUCUCCUCCAGCACCGAGAGUAUUGAUAAUUCAUUCAGUUCCCCCGUCAGACUGGCUCCUGAGCGAGAAUUCAUCAAGUCCCUGAUGGCAAUUGGCAAGCGGUUGGCCACACUCCCCACCAAGGAGCAAAAAACACAGCGGCUGAUCUCAGAGCUCUCCCUGCUCAACCAUAAGCUCCCUGCCCGAGUCUGGCUGCCCACUGCUGGCUUUGACCACCACGUGGUCCGCGUGCCCCACACCCAGGCUGUUGUCCUCAACUCCAAGGACAAGGCUCCCUACCUGAUCUAUGUGGAAGUCCUUGAAUGUGAAAACUUUGACACCACCAACGUUCCCGCCCGGAUACCCGAGAACCGAAUUCGGAGCACACGGUCUGUGGAGAACCUGCCUGAAUGCGGUAUCACCCAUGAGCAGCGGGCAGGCAGCUUCAGCACUGUGCCCAACUAUGACAACGAUGAUGAGGCCUGGUCGGUGGAUGACAUAGGCGAGCUGCAGGUGGAGCUCCCUGAAGUGCACACCAACAGCUGUGACAACAUCUCCCAGUUCUCUGUGGACAGCAUCACCAGCCAGGAGAGCAAGGAGCCUGUGUUCAUAGCAGCAGGGGACAUCCGACGGCGGCUCUCGGAGCAGCUGGCUCACACCCCCACAGCCUUCAGACGAGACCCGGAAGACCCUUCUGCAGUUGCUCUGAAAGAGCCCUGGCAGGAGAAAGUAAGGCGAAUCAGAGAGGGCUCCCCCUAUGGCCACCUCCCCAAUUGGCGCCUUCUGUCGGUCAUUGUCAAGUGUGGGGAUGACCUUCGGCAGGAGCUCCUGGCCUUCCAGGUGUUAAAGCAACUGCAGUCCAUUUGGGAACAGGAGCGAGUGCCCCUGUGGAUCAAGCCAUACAAGAUCCUUGUGAUUUCUGCUGACAGCGGCAUGAUUGAACCGGUGGUCAACGCUGUGUCCAUUCACCAGGUGAAGAAGCAGUCACAGCUCUCCCUGCUCGAUUACUUCCUGCAGGAGCAUGGCAGUUACACCACUGAGGCAUUUCUCAGUGCGCAGCGCAAUUUUGUACAAAGCUGUGCUGGCUAUUGCUUGGUCUGCUACCUACUGCAAGUGAAGGACAGACACAAUGGAAACAUCCUUUUGGAUGCAGAAGGCCACAUCAUCCACAUCGACUUUGGCUUCAUCCUGUCCAGCUCACCCCGAAACCUGGGCUUUGAGACGUCAGCCUUUAAGCUGACCACAGAGUUUGUGGACGUGAUGGGGGGCCUGGAUGGUGACAUGUUCAACUAUUACAAGAUGUUGAUGCUGCAGGGACUGAUCGCUGCUCGGAAGCACAUGGAUAAAGUGGUGCAGAUCGUGGAGAUCAUGCAGCAAGGUUCUCAGCUUCCUUGCUUCCAUGGCUCCAGCACCAUUCGCAACCUCAAAGAGCGGUUCCACAUGAGCAUGACUGAGGAGCAGCUCCAGCUGCUGGUGGAGCAGAUGGUGGACGGCAGCAUGCGGUCUAUCACCACCAAACUCUAUGACGGCUUCCAGUACCUCACCAAUGGCAUCAUGUGACACCCUCCUUCUCAGGCCCCGGAGUGGUGGGGAAUUCAAAGGACUCUCCCUGGGAGAGCCCUUGUCUGAGAAACCCCAAACCAGGAAAUCCCACCCACGGGAAAUGGAAGGCAAGAAAUACAGAGGAUCAUGUGGUAACUGUAGAGCUUGCCGGGGGUGGGAGAGCCAGCUGUGGGGCCCAGACUUGCCAGAGCUUCCCUGCCCCUAGCAGUGUCAUUGUCACCAUCUGACAGACUGCAGGACUCGCAGCCCUCCAGAGAACAGAGGUGAAUAGACGUGAGGGGCACUGGGGCCUUUCUUCUCACCAGGGUCCAAGAGGUUCUUUCCACGGGCCAUCCUUACUCUGUCCUGGGUCCUGAGGGGGGGUGGUGGUGGUGGGGGGGGGGGGGGGGGGGGGGAGUAGGUUCUCGGUACUUAGGACUUGAUCCUGUGGUUGGCCUUUGGCCGUGCUGCUGCCCAACUCUGUCCCCUCCCAGCGACUGGCCCAGGCCAAGUUCCCCUUGCUGGGUGGACUCUGGCAUGGGGUCCCCAUCCCAGGGGUGGGGAGGGGAAGGGUCACGACCCCUCCAGUGGAUGCGGGUAUCAGCCUAGUCGCAGGGAAUUCCUUGGCCUGAUCCCUUACCCACACCCAGGGAAAUAGCUCUCAACUUUUUAUUUUUAAUUUUUGUUUGAAAUAAAGUCCUUAGUUAGCCAUC